AACCAACAAGGGUCCCGCUCGCUCAGCCGGCGUCCGCGCAGUUACUCAGCAGGUCUGGGAAAGAGGCAGGACUCGGAGGACAUGGACGAAGCUCCCGUUUCUGCUGAACGAGAAGAGGUUCUUCCUUCUCCUGUUAGUCUCUCUUCUGCUACCCAAGAAAAGCAAAACGGUUCUAAUGGUGUCCAUGACUCCAGUCCUUCUCCUGUUUCUGUGGGCUCUCAGAGGUCAAUAGAGAACUUCUUAGGCUCCAGAUUCAGCAUCAGACGGGGACAAGGGUUGGCGCUGCGCCCACAGUGUCUGACCCCUGAAAGCGAGCUCCCGCCUUCCGACAUGGUCAUCCAAGACUACCUCCCACUGGUGCAGCUCCAGCAGGCCCCCGGCAUGUUCCAGCUGACGGAGAGCUUUGCCGACGUCAUUCAGAUCCCCCUGGACCGCUUGCGCCGGGCCUCUCCCUACGCCUCCCACCGUGCCAGUCUCAGCCCGGCUUCCAGCACUUCUCCCUGGGCGUUGAUUGCCAAGACCAGCCCGAAGCCCUCCGGCGGCAGCUUGCCUUCCCCAGAGGGAGGAGGGGGAGAAGAAGAAGCAGUUGCAAUGUGCCGGGAGAGGGCCACGGUGGAGCUGGGCUCGCCGCACUCCCACAGCACCUGCUCCGAAGUGCUCAGUUCUGCCGUGUGGGCCCAGGCGGACAGCGGGCGGGGCUCGGAGACAGACGCCUGCGACCAUUCUCCCGACGGGAGCAUCAGCCUGCAGGAGGCGGGGCCGGACGCCGAGGAGGGAGACCUCGAGAGCAUGAGCUGGGCCACGGCGGUGGCCCUCGCCUGGCUGGAGCAUCGCUGCGCUGGGUUCUUCGUGGAAUGGGAGCUGCUGGCGGCCAAAGCCGACGCCUGGCUGAGGGUGCAGCCGUUGCCGGAAGGGGUGGAUGUGGCUGCCCUGAAAGGGGCCGCUCACCAACUCUUCCUGCUGCUACGCCACUGGAAUGAGAACAUCAAGCUGAACAUGCUGUGUUACAGCCCCAGCAAUGUGUGAAGUAGCAGGGGGGGCGGCUGCUGAGCCUUUGGUGUCAUCGGUGCUGAUAGAAAUCCUACACAGUCAGCCUGUUAUUUCAAAGCCAAGAAACCUCUGCCCUCAACCCCGUAGUUCCGUAUUAACUGUUGUGUUUGUUUGUUUGUUUUUCAAAAUACAACCCAAGGCAGACGAUGCAUUGCGGAUCUUUGGGCUACCCCAGGUAGCCAGGUCCAUUCUCGAGUGCUCUCUACAGAGCAUACGCCUUUGAAAAUCUGACCAAAUUAGGGGUGUUUACGAUCCUAAAAUACAUUUCUAGGGUGUAUGAGAGCAGUUUUCAAACUGGAAACCAGGGAUUCCUGUAGGAAAAGAUCCACAAUGCUGGACAAAAUGCCCCAAAGCCAGCCGUCUUCAAUGCUCAGCCACAGAAGAGUCCGGGGUACAUUCACGGGCACUGUUUCAAUAGUCUGUUUCAUGUCUGCCUGGAAGCUACUGACCAAAUGCACUCCAAAAUCUGUCCCAGAGAGAGAAAAUUCAUGGCCACAACAUGGAGUCCUUGGCAAACAAACUAAUAUUGCAAGAGCUUUCUGCAUGUCAGAUGGUCAGGCAGUCCAGACACAGAACAUGGUCUUUUACCAUUUCCUUGGCAUAAGUCUAUGAAGCCACUUUAUAUUUGAUUGAACCCAUAGCUGUCUUAUCAUGAUUGUCCACGCUGACAAAACCCUCCAGUGGGUCAGAGGGAGCCCAACCUUUGGGAGCAGAGAGCACCAAAUCUGGAAACUUCUGUGUGGCCAUGUUCUAACGCUUAACUACAUCUUGUAUCAGGGCUUGGAUGAAGCCCCAGUGACUUAAGGUGAAAAAACAGGUGCUUCAAAAAUAAAUAUCGCCCCAGAGAGCACUUUCCAGACCUAGAAUAUAAAAGCAAAUUAAACUGACGGAGCUGCAUCCAUUGACUUGGCGCAAGAGACUUGGUUUUGAAGAUUUUUGAAGGCCACAAUGCAAACAUUUGGGGGACAAACGCACAAAGCUAGAAGGAAAGUCUGCAUGGAGCCUAGAGGUGUGACUCACAAUGGGGUCCUGAAAUAGGUUGUUGCGGUGUGGCUCGCUCCUGUUCAGAACACCAGUCAGUCAGGCAUUCAUUCUGGAUGUUCCAUUCUCCAUUGCCAGCGGAAAUGUCGGUAAGCAUACAUACUCCUCUCUGGGUUGUUUAACAGCGAUUGCCCCCUUGGAAAGGAUCCCUGAUUUUGAAAAGGACUUAGGCAAGCAUGCCAGUACCUCCCUUUUGAUUCUUAGUGGCCUUUUUUCAGUCGCUAGCUCCAGCGUUUCAAGUUCUUUCUUAAGAGGAAUGAUGUGCCAACAGGGGAAAGGAACAUUUCCUCCCCUAUCUGUGGCGUCUCCUACUUCAUCCCCAUUUCCACCUCUCUUCCUCACCACCCACAGAGAGAUUUUAGCAUUCUGUGUUCAGGCUUUCCCCCCAUAGCUGGGAGGCUUAGCA